GUGUUGAGGACGGUGUGGACGCGGAGGGUGGAGAGCAGAGCUCCGGUCCAUUCUGUGAGCAGCCAGCAGAGGGCACUGCUGGCCCUGUCAGCCCCUGACACCUGGUGUCUCCACAUGUCCAGAGGUGAAGCAGAGGGCUCCGUCACUGCGGAGCUCGCUACAGAUGGAACAGUCAGUCUCCAGGUGGCGCUGUGGAGCCACUUCCAAACAUUCUGUGGUUGGUUUUUAGUGGCAGUGCCAGAGGAAAGAUUUCACUUGGUUUAAUUGUGAUUGAACAGAAGCCUGAAGUCUUGAGACGGGUGUUGCGGUGUCUGCAGGCGGCCUCCUGACCGGCGGCUCGUGUCGUCCCGUGCUCGCCGUCGCGCCUCAGGGUUCGACGCCGUGCUGCCGAGGCAGCCGGUUCCUGGACGUGAUCCUCUAAAGAAGUGUGAAGGUGCGGCGUGCUCGGUGGCCUGGACAGCUUCGCUGCUGCCGGCCAACUCCAGAUGUUCGCCUUGUUAGUGCAAAGAUGUCCGACCUACAUAUUCAGCAGGUUCAGGAAGUCGAGCCGUGACGGUUCUGCGCCGUGUGUCUUGGCCUUCAUGAUGCCAGCUGGUGCUGAUCGUGGUUGAGGUGUCCCGCCUCCCUGCUCUACGUCCACAGACCACUGGACCAGUACGCAGUCGCUGUUCAGCCCUGCUGCGCGUGCACCUCGGUCCGUCGGCGGCGUCCAUACCCAUGCUGACAGGAACUGGUCUGGGUCGACCACCGGGUCCCUGUGGACCCUCACAUGGACCAGUGAAGCCCACAGAACAGCAGACUUCCAGUUCAGAGGCUUGGCUGGAAGCUGGACCAGGUUCCAGGGCCUGGACGUGGCCGCGGAGCCGGGUCUCGUCCCUGUCCUGUCAAGACGGACACGGGGACUGUUUCCCUGAGGCGGAGUCUGACUGUCCACGCUGUGCUUGUAGGCUGCGGCCAUGCUGGUCUGUGACAUCUGCGGGGAGGAGGUCCUCCUGGAGGACGACAUGAAGACUCAUGUGCUGCUGAGCCACGUGGAGGACCGGCUGCAGUGCCCGCUCUGCUCCCUGAGCGGCGUGAGCUACGACCAGCUCGGCUUCCACAUCGCGGCCGCCCACCCGGAGCCGCCGCGCCGCGCCGAGUCCUCGUCCCGGCCGGACACCGCGGGGGACGCCGGACGUCCCUCUGCUGUCCAGGCCGCCUCCAGAGCUGCAGAGAAGGCCUGGAGGCGUGGAGAUGAAACCUGCGGUGGGACCAGGUCCGAGCACAGCUCAGCUGACAGAGGACGGGAGUUUGAAUGUCCCGUGUGCUGGACGGUCUGCAGGGACGGCUGCUCUCUUCAGGAACACGUGGAGCUGCACUUCCAAAACGAAGCAGCGCCGUCCUGUGCAGAGAGCUGCAGCUCGGACCGGAGGCUGGCCCUGCAGCUGCAGCGCCGGGAGGAGUCCCAGCAGGAGCAGCAGGAGUUCACAGAGCUGCAGCGGCAGUUUGGCGUGGACGGCAGCGGCGGCGGCGGCUAUCGCAGACAGAUGGAGAGGACCCUGGAGAGCGCCGUGGACCGCGGCCUGCUGUCCCCGGCAGAGUUCCACUGCAGGAGGGCGGACAUGAUGGAGUCCCUGUCCUCGGGAGUGGACGAUGGUACCACCAGAUCUCAAGGCGUGGUGGGGGCGCUGCAGGACUACUACCGGACUGAAGGCCCGGACUGCGUCCGGGUGUGGCUGAGCGUGGACACAGACCACUACAGCUCCUCUGCCGGGGACCGAGGCUGGGGCUGUGGAUACAGGAACUUCCAGAUGCUGCUGUCCGCUCUGCACAGGACCGAGGCCUACGCCUCCGUCCUCCCAGAGAAGUUGGUGCCAAGUAUUCCAAGGCUGCAGCGUAUGAUCGAGGAGGCUUGGAAAGAAGGACUGGACCCACAAGGAGCAUCCCACUUCGACCAGCGGCUGCAGGGAACAGCGUCCUGGAUCGGAGCCACAGAGAUCUACGUCCUGCUGACCUCUCUGAGAAUCAGUGCCCGAAUCAUUGACUUCCACCAGCCGACUGGACCUGGAGGCACACACCCUGCCCUGUUUGAGUGGGUGAAGCAGUACUUCAUUCAGCCCUGCAGGAGCAGCAGACUUCAGCCCCGACUCAUCCAGACGUCCCUGCCUCCUCUUUACCUGCAGCACCAAGGUCACAGCCGCUCGGUGGUGGGCUUAGAGCAGAGGAGGGACGGGACCCUCUGCCUGCUGCUGCUGGACCCCGGCUGCUCGCCGUUGGACAUCAGGAAGCUGUGGAGCCGGGACGCUGUGUCCGCCGCCGUGCGCCGCCUCAGGAAGUACCCCACCAACCUGAAGCACAAGCAGUACCAGGUGGUGGCGCUGCAGGGCCAGCUGACCACAGAGGAGAAACAGAUCAGCAUCUCCAACUCCAGGACGCUACAUGCUGAACGGAUCCCGUGAACACAGCUGCUCAGGAUUGUUUUACGAAGCUGCUUCUUCUGAUGGCUGAAUAAAGACUGCAGUGGUGUGUGUGACGGGUUGAUGUGUUGAGACGGACUGUCCUCUCGGUCCCUGUCCAGGCCAGAGACCCAGCGAGGAGCAGCAUGGAGAACACCACCAAACAUGAACAUUAAACUGUCUCUAUGAGCUCUAAGCACAGCGCUCCACACAGAAGGCUUUGAUUUAUGAAGACAGAAUGAGAACAGGGGUCAGAGGUCACCAGCAAGGCUCAGGUCAGAGCAGCGGUCACCAGCAUGGUGUACCUUCAUAUCAGAGAGGCCUUCAGAGGUCACCAGCAUGUCUCUGUGCCUCUGUACAGACAUGCUGGUGACCUCUGACCCUGGUCGUGAUCUGAUCUGAAGGUGCAGAGACAAGCUGGUGACCUCUGAACCCUGCUGUGACCUGCCUCCUCAGACAUCCUGGUGAACUCUGAAGCCCUCUGUGACCUGAGGGUCCAGGGACCAGCGUGUCCGUUCUGCAGGAUCUACCAGAGUCCUGGAAGCUGGAGGGUUCUGCAGGAUCUACCAGAGUCCUGGAAGCUGGAGGGUUCUGCAGGAUCUACCAGAGUCCUGGAAGCUGGAGGGUUCUGCAGGAUCUACCAGAGUCCUGGAAGCUGGAGGGUUCUGCAGGAUCUACCAGAGUCCUGGAGCUGGAGGGUUCUGCAGGAUCUACCAGAGUCCUGGAGCUGGAGGGUUCUGCAGGGUCUCAGCUGUUCUAGCACUGCUCUUCUGGUCAGAGGUCUCAGAUGUGGUCCAGGUCUUUCCUGGAGCCAUGCCUCCAGCUGGGGGGUUCCUGCCCCUCCCCCCAUCACUCCUGGACCACUGUUCCUUCACAGCCCUCAUCUCCUCCCGCUGCUCCUCAGUCCUUGGUGGUUCUCCAGAGGUUCCUGUUCCUGAUGUUCUGUCACUGGGGUUGAUACAUCCUCACUACUGCUCUCUGCUCCUGGUCCUCCUGAUCCUCCUGAUCCUCCUGGUUCUCCUGGUCCUCCUGGUGCUCCUGGGCCUCCUGGUGCUCCUGGUCCUCCUGGUUCUCCUGGUUCUGC